AUGCUAGGAUUAUAUUGUGGUGGGCUGCUUAAGAGAAAGAGUCACAUAAACAGAAAGGCAAACAAGAAGUACAAGGCAAGGCUUUUGGGAACUAACGUUCUCAGCGACCCCAUUGGAGGGGCGCCGCAGGCAAAGGGAAUUGUAUUAGAAAAGAUUGGUCUGGGGGCCAAACAGCCAAACUCUGCCGUAAGAAAGGCCGUGAGAAUCCAGCUGAUCAAGAACGGAAAGAAGAUCACUGCAUACGUUCCAAAGGACGGUAUGCUGAACAGCAUAGAAAUCAACGACACAGUAACCGUAGAAGGAUUUGGUAACAAGGGAAGAUCCAAGGGAGAUAUUCCCGGAAUUGCCUUCAAAGUAAGCAAGAUCGGAGAUGUGUCUCUUUUGGCUAUAUACUUAGGAAAGAAGGAAAAGUCUUCCAGAUAA